CCCUCGGGUCAUGAACCCUUCUUUCCCGCGCUUUACGAUCACGUUGUUUAUAAAGACACAAUAAACAGGAUGGCGGAAGAAACAUCAUCGGAUCCCUUCUCCACAGCAACAAGCCCUUCUAGACCCUCAUCAAGAGGCAGAGGAGGGAGGAGAAUUGACCCCAUCACCUCAAGUCCGGGGCGUGAUCUACCCCCAUUUGAGGAUGAGUCGGAACUCCUGGGAGAUCCGGCAGGAGAAGAGGAAGAACAAGAUGGAGAGGAACUCUUUGGUGACCAACUAGAACAGGACUAUCGAGUAAUACCAGCUCUAGAUGUAUAUGAUCAGGAUGGCAUGGACGAUGAUGGAGAUUUCUCAGAUCUGUCCGAGACGGCAAGGCAAGCUGCUGAAAGAGAAAUACGGCAGAGGGAGCGAGAGGAAGGAAUUCUUACAGGGCGCAUGAGGAGAGGAUUAAUGUAUGAGGAAUCUGAUGAGGAAGAUGAAUCUGCCCCCAGGAAAAGGCGACGGGCUGAACGAGCUGCAGAGGGAGAAAUGGAUGAUGAUGAAAUGAUUGAGAGUAUUGAAAACCUUGAAGACAUGAAAGGACACACUGUUCGGGAAUGGGUUUCCAUGUUAGGACCCAAGACGGAAAUAAAAAACAGAUUUAAAAACUUCCUGCGGACAUUUGUCGACUCCAAAGGCCAUAAUGUGUACAGAGAAAAAAUUCGACAAAUGGUGGAAGCCAAUAAAGAAAGUCUGAUCAUUGAUUAUAACUUGCUGGCAUCAGUAGAACAAGUGUUGGCCUAUUUCUUGCCAGAGGCACCAACAGAAAUGUUACAGAAUUUUGAUGAGGCUGCAAAGGAAGUGGUGUUGAGCAUGUACCCCAACUAUGAGAAGAUCGUCAAAGAAAUACAUGUGCGGAUUGGGGAGCUACCUCUGAUAGAAGAACUGCGUUCUUUACGUCAGCUUCAUUUGAACCAGCUGAUCAGAACUAGUGGUGUUGUGACCAGCUCUACAGGUGUACUACCCCAGCUCAGUGUCAUCAAAUAUGACUGUAACAAAUGUAACUUCAUCCUUGGUCCAUUUUACCAGUCACAGAACAACGAGGUGAAACCAGGCUCAUGUCCCGAGUGCCAGUCUACUGGACCCUUUGAAAUCAACAUGGAACAGACAAUUUAUAAAAAUUAUCAAAGAAUCACAUUACAAGAAAGUCCUGGCAAGGUUCCGGCGGGACGGUUGCCUCGAUCCAAGGAUGCCAUUUUACUGGACGACCAGGUGGAUAUGUGUAAACCUGGAGAUGAAAUUGAACUGACCGGUAUCUACCAUAAUAACUAUGAUGGCUCGUUAAACAUUGCGAAUGGUUUCCCAGUGUUUGCCACGGUUAUUCAAGCCAACCACAUCACAAAGAAAGAUGAUAAAAUGGCUGCCAGCUGUUUGACAGAUGAAGACAUCAAAGCCAUUAUUCAUUUAUCCAAAGAUGAAAGAAUUGGAGAGAGGAUCUUCGCAAGUAUUGCACCUUCCAUUUAUGGUCACGAAGAUAUUAAACGUGCACUUGCCCUUGCCAUAUUUGGUGGUGAGCCUAAAAACCCUGGUGGCAAGCAUAAAGUGCGAGGUGACAUUAAUGUGUUAUGCUGUGGGGAUCCUGGCACAGCCAAAUCCCAGUUCCUCAAAUAUGUGGAGAAGACUGCACCUAGGGUAGUGUUUACCACCGGUCAAGGUGCCUCCGCUGUAGGUCUGACCGCUUAUGUCCAGAGGAAUCCCAUUUCCAAGGAAUGGACGUUGGAGGCAGGAGCUCUCGUGCUGGCAGACAAGGGAAUCUGUGUUAUUGACGAGUUUGAUAAGAUGAAUGACUCUGACAGAACAAGUAUACACGAGGCAAUGGAACAGCAGACAAUCUCCAUCUCCAAAGCCGGCAUAGUUACCUCCCUUCAGGCUAGGUGUGCUGUGUUGGCAGCAGCCAACCCUAUCGGCGGUCGGUAUGACCCUUCACUCACAUUUGCGGAGAAUGUUGAUCUGACAGAGCCAAUUGUGUCACGAUUUGACGUCCUGUGUGUGGUGAGGGACACAGUGGAUCCCAUUCAGGAUGAGAGACUUGCCAGAUUUGUGACUGGUAGUCACAUUAAACACCACCCCGAUGCAAGUGAUACCCAGGCUGAUGAGAAUCUGAACGUGCUGAACACAAACUCUUCUGUGGAGCCACUUCCUCAGGAUCUCCUGAAGAAAUACAUCACCUACUGUAAGGAGAAAGUGCACCCCAAGUUACACAAGAUGGAUCAGGACAAAAUUGCCAAGAUGUAUGCAGAACUCCGACGGGAAUCAAUGUCCACAGGAAGUAUUCCCAUCACAGUCCGUCAUAUAGAAUCCAUGAUCAGGAUGGCUGAGGCACACGCCAAAAUGCAUCUCCGCGAUUAUGUGAAUGAAGACGACGUUAAUAUGGCAAUCCGCAUCAUGCUCGAGAGUUUCAUUAGUACACAGAAAUUCAGCAUCACAAGAACCAUGAGAAAGACGUUCAGCCGCUACCUUGCCUUCAGAAAGGACAACAAUGAGCUUCUUCUCUUCAUCCUCACCCAGCUGGCUGCUGACCAGAUGUCCUUCAACAGGAAUAGGUUUGGCAUGGAGCAAGAGUCCAUUGAAAUUUCUGAAAAGGAUCUUCAGGAUAAGGCUCGACAGAUCAACAUCAGUAACCUGACAUCAUUUUAUGACAGUGAAAUCUUCAAAUCGAACCGAUUCAGUCGGGAUUCCAAGAGGAAAGUGAUCGUUCAAAGUGUGUGAAUGAUGGAAGGAUUUCCAAACUGUUAAUAAUGAACAAAACUGAUUAAUGUGCUAUAAGUUGAUAGCUGACAUAACUUUCCAGAAGAAAGGGUUAAGGUCUCUAUAUGCUGUGUAAGACAUAGGUCUUUACACUGCUAACGUACAAAAAUUCCUGGAACUGAACUUUCUCAUGCCAGUGAAUGCAGCAUUUGUUAAAUGUCAAGAAGUAUAGCUCAGAAUUUCAAAUAAUGUACAUGUCUUGGCUAUGUACAUGGAACUGUGAUUUUGUACAUGUAUAUUGUAUGUUGGUGCCUUGAGGAGAAACAACAUAUGUAUAUUUACCCUGAUGUUGCAUGUGCUAUUUUGUUUCAAACGACGUGUAUCAUCAAUCUUAUCUUGUAAAAUAAUGAAAAACUAAUGAAAUUUAAAUGUACAUUCAAUACAUGUAUUUAAAAAAUGUUAAGUAUAAUGUGUUUUUGUCUUCAGAAUGGUAAUCAUGAAUGAUUCUGUUUGAAGUAAACUACCUAUGGUACAGACAUUGAAAUUAAUUAAUUCUG